AUGUUUAAGGACCGAGUGGAUCUGCAGGACAGACGGAUGAAGGACGGAAACGUGUCUCUGGUUCUGAGGAACGUGGCGACUGAUGACAGAGGAGCAUACGAGUGUCGAAUCGUCCCGACAAACAGCUGGAUGGAGACCAUCAUCAUCAUCAACCUGCAUGUUCUUCCUCCUCCAGAUCAGACAAACAUCACAGCUGAAGCUGGACAGGACACAUUUCUGCCCUGCAGAUCUCCUGAUCAUAAACCCGUUGCAUUCGUAGAGUGGAGCAGAUCUGAUCUGGGAUCAGAAUAUGUUCUUCUGUACAGAAAUAAGAAGAUUAACACAGAAAACCAGCAUGUGAUGUUUAAGGACCGAGUGGAUCUGCAGGACAGAUGGAUGAAGGACGGAAACGUGUCUCUGGUUCUGAGGAACGUGACGACUGAUGACAGAGGAGCAUACGAGUGUCGAAUCGUCCCGACAAACAGCUGGAUGGAGACCGUCAUCAUCAUCAACCUGGAUGUUCUUCAUCCUCCAGGUGGAGCUGAUGGACGGAACAGAGACGGACCUGAUUGGCUGGUGGUUGGUCUGUUGGUAGCUUUAGGUGUUGUUGUUGCUGCUAUUUUUGUCUAUUUGAGGCGUAAAAAAUCUUCAUGUUCGAGUCCAAAGUCAAGCCAGAGUUCUGGAGAACCACCUGCAGCUGAGCAGCCUUUAACGGAUCAGAACCAACAGUGAGUCCAGUCUGAUCUGAAGGAUGAUGGAUCCAGAACCUUCAUCCAGAACCACAGACUGACUGUUUGGAUCGGCACCAACAGAGGAAACCCAAACUGGUACCAGCUGGUUCUGUCCUUCACCAGAACCGAACCGGGCCGUUACAGAACCACUGCAAGAACCCUUACAGAACCGUUAAAGAACCGUUACAGAACCAUUUCAGAACCCGUCCAAACCUUCGGUGUCAGAUCUGCUGAUGUUUGUGACGUUUUAUCUGGAUUUAAAAUGUUUUUCUUGUAUUUUUUCAGGAUCUCAGUGAGAAACUAAAACUAGAAACUUGUUCCAAUAUUCAAUAAGUUGGAAUAUUAUUGAAACGUUCAUUUAAAUCAAUUUAAAGUAAAACAGAUGAAACGUUGAAGAUGAAUAUUAAUCUGACCAAUAAAUAACUUUUUAAUGCAGAAAUGUGAAUUUUCAAAAUUUCCUUUUAAUCUGAUAAACAAACUUCAUCUGCACAUUUAUUAAAUAUGACUGUAUGUGGAUUAUAUGUAAUCAGAAACUCAACAGUUUGUGUGAAAUGUUCCUCCUGAAGCAUCUGAAUCAUUUCAUUUAUUAUAUUUCUGCUAUUUAUUGCAGCAUUUCUCCAGUUUAACCAAAACGUUGUUUCACUGGUUUUCACUGGUUUCACUGGUUUCACUGGUUCAGUGUCUGAUCCUGUUGCUGUUACUUCAAGCUGCUUCAGUCUGACUCUGAGUUUUCAUGUCAUUAGUAACAUUUCAUUUCAUGUUCAUCUUAUGGAGUCAAACAAUAACUGAUAAAUUCACAGUUUGGAUCUGUGAAGGUUUUAUUCGUAUUAAAUGAUGUUCCUUUAUGUGUCAUAUAAAUGUAAUGUUUUUGUAUCAAGGUGUUUUUCUGUGCAGCUACAAACGGUGUACAAACUAAUGAACCAAGAUGUGUCUACUGCAGUAAGUUUCCAGGGUUGCUGAACUUCCCCAGACAGUUAUUGGGAACUUGCUGUUUUUCCCGUGGCCUUCCCUGCAUGGAGAUAGAGUGUUUAGUUUUCACCUCCCGUAAACAUUACAGUGAAUAAACAUACAAGGUUUCGUAUGUUUUCCUUUGUCUCUUUGGUUUGGUCUUGGAAGAUUGAGUCUCUGCCUCAGUAGUAAAGAGAGAUGAAUAAAGUAACUAUGCAACUCUGGGUUCCUCAGAGCGGAUCCUAAUUUGUGCCUAAUGCAGUGGAUUUCUUGCUCUCCGUCUGCAGAUGUAUUAAAGAUUGUUUUUGCUCCCUGACUUUUGUCUGGACCUCAGUCUCUGAAUUG